AUGGAUGAGCUCCUCAGAACACCCACCGGGCCCUCACAGGAGGCCCUCGUGCCCAAUAUGGCACCAACAUCCCUGGCCUCCACUUACUCUCAUGGGGAACAUGUGACUCUGGCUGACAUCAGGGUAGAACUGAGGCGCAUGACUGCCGUAAUGGUCACCAAAGAUGACCUUUACCAAGCAUCUAAUAACCUGCAUACCGCGCUGAAAUCUGAGGUAGGGGGCCUGAAGGCAGACUUUGCGGUACACAAAACACCUAUAGCUUCUGUGGAGCAACGCAAGGAUGCAAUGAAGAAGCAGACCAAGGCCUCAGAUAUUGCCAUUCAAAAGCAAGGAGAUCUGCUACUAGCCAUGCGGCGGCAACUCGAGGAUCUAGACAACAGAAGCCAUCGCAACAACAUUAGAAUCCGAGGGAUUCCAGAGGCCGAUGGAACAGGAGAAAAUGUUGCGGAAACCCUCACCCAGCUCUUCCGGAUCAUCCUCCGUGAAGAUGCUCUGGAUCACUAUAGAUUUGACAGGGCACACAGAGCCCUCAGACCGUGCAAUGCUGACGGAGUCCCAAGGGGCAUAAUCUGCUGCAUUCACUCUUACCCACUCAAGGACCAAAUCAUGCAGAGAGCCCGCACUCGCUCACAUUGGACCUACAGGGGCUCUGAGGUCGCCUUAUACAACAACCUGUCACCGAUGACCCUGGAUGCCAGACGGACACUGCGGCCGGUAACCACCACACUAUGGGAAAGGAACAUUCCCUACAGUAUAAAUGUCCGACACCAAACCCCCCCCGAACACUCUGGUAUGGAUACCCCACUAGAAGCACAGUUGGGAGGGUGGUCAUGGGGGGAGGAUCCAGAUGCUUGCUCUCCACAAGGGGGAACUCAGACUGCUCCAAGACCCUAA